AUGGGCGUUGCCCACUCCCACUCCGCGUCCGAGGAGGUGCGGGAGCUGGAGGGCAAGACCGGCUUCUCAUCGGAUCAGAUCGAGAAGCUCCAUCGGAGAUUUAAGCAGCUGAGUGGAGACCAGCCCACCAUUCGCAAGGAGAACUUCAACAACGUCCCGGACCUGGAGCUCAACCCCAUCCGAUCCAAAAUUGUUCGUGCCUUCUUCGACCACAGGAACCUACGGAAGGGACCCAGCGGCCUGGCUGAUGAGAUCAAUUUCGAGGACUUCCUGACUAUCAUGUCCUACUUCCGGCCCAUCGACACCACCAUGGGCGAGGAGCAGGUGGCGCAGUCCCGGAAGGAGAAGCUGAGGUUUCUGUUCCACAUGUACGACGCCAACAGCGACGGCCGCAUCACCCUGGAAGAAUACCGAAAUGUGGUGGAGGAGCUGCUGUCGGGAAACCCGCACAUCAAGGAGUCCGCUGGCUCCAUCGCCGAGGGGGCCAUGAUGGAGGCGGCCAGCGUGUGCUUGGGGCAAACGGAGCCUGAUCAGGUAUACGAGGCGAUCACCUUCGAGGACUUCCUGAAGAUCUUGCAGGGGAUCGACAUUGAGUCCAAAAUGCACAUCUGCUUCCUUAACAUGGAAACCAUGGCCCUCUGCCACUGACUGGCCGCCACCUCCACGGAGAAACUGCACUUUGCAAUGGGGCCGCCUCCCCGCCGGGCUGGAGCAGCCCAGGCCCAGCGGACAGCCUCUCCCUGCAGCUCCGGUACAUGGCAAAGGCUCCUCUGCUCACCUUGUGUCUUGUAGGGUAUGGUAUGUGGGACUUUCCUGUUUUUAACUCUAAUAAAAAAAAAAA